AUGCUGGAAGUUGGAAGUACAAAUGCUCUGUUUUUCCGUACGAACACCACUUGUAAUAGUCUUCUCCGAGAGCUUCAGCAAAUAUGGGUUGAGAUUGGUGAGAGUGAGGCUGAGAAAGACAGGAUGCUGAUGGAACUGGAGAGAGUAUGUCUUCAAAUCUACCAAAGAAAAGUUGAUGAUGCUGCAAAUUCUAAGGCACAGCUUCAUCAGUCUGUUGCAGCUAUAGAAGCUGAAGUUGCUUCUCUAAUGGCUGCUCUUGGAGUGUUAAACAUCAACUCACCGAUAAAAGUGGAUAAAAGGUCCAAAUCAUUAAAAGAAAAGCUUGCUGCUGUGACCCGUCUAGUUGAGGACUUGAGAAUUCAAAAAGAGGAGAGCGUGAAGCAGUUCUCUGACAUAAAGACCCAAAUUGAGAAGAUCAGUGGUGAAAUUUCAGGGUACAGUGACCAUCUCAACAAGGCCAUGAUCGGUUCCUUGAAUCUUGAAGAACAAGACUUGACUCUGAGGAAACUUACCGAGUAUCAAACACAUCUCCGCACCCUUCAAAAGGAAAAGUCUGAUCGCCUCAACAAAGUCUUGGGUUAUGUCAACGAGGUGCACACUCUUUGCAGUGUUCUUGGAGUUGACUUUAGUCAAACAGUUUGCGAAGUUCAUCCGAGCUUGCAUAGGUCAGACCAAGAGCAGUCAACAAACAUUAGUGAUAGCACAUUGAAGGGACUAAACAACAUGAUUCAAAAGCUAAAAAAUGAAAGAAGAGCCAGGUUUCAAAAGGUAGUCAAGUGCAUUCUUCACUUUUAUAUUCAUAUAUUGAAGGUGGCUUCAAAUGUGCAGCUGAAGGAUGUAAUGGCUUCGCUUUUCGAGCUAUGGAAUCUGAUGGACACACCACAAGAAGAUAGAACUAAAUUUGGGAGAGUUACUUAUCUUGUAAGAUCAUCUGAAUCUAACAUCACUGAGCCAGGCAUCCUUUCAACCGAGACACUUGAACAGGUGUCUGCAGAAGUGAACUCCCUCAGUAAACUAAAAGCUAGCAAGAUUAAGGAACUUGUGAUGAAACGAAGAGCUUCUUGCAAACAUCGAAAUGGAAAUAAACAAAAUAAAGAAGAAGCACAGACUCGUAAAGAUAUUAUGGACAGAAUAGACCGCUGGGUCUCUGCAUGUGAAGAGGAAACUUGGUUGGAAGAAUAUAAUAUGGAUGUGAACCGGUAUAGUGCUGGAAGAGGUGGACAUGUAAACCUCAAGCGUGCAGAACGAGCCAGGGUUACAAUCAAUAAGAUCCCUGCAACGGUUGACAAUCUUAUCAAGAAAACACUAGUUUGGGAAGACGUAAUGCACAAGUCAUUCCUAUAUGAUGGUGUUCGAUUGGUUAACAUACUAGAAGUCUAUAUACUAGCUAGGAAACAACAGGAGGAGGAAAAGAAGAGAUACCGGGAUCAAAAGAAGAGGCGGGAUCUCUCACUAACUCAAAGGGAAUCCAUUUAUGGAUCAAAACCGAGUCCAAGAAGAAGCAGCGGUUUUAGAAAACCUAAUGGUCACAGCAUUAGCAAUGGGAAUGGUUCCGUGCCUCCCACGCCACGUAGAAGCUCGGUGGGGACAGGAACUCCUGACCUACUUCUAACCCCGAGAUCUUGCUCGGGUCAUCAUAGCCGGAACGGGUACUUCAAAGAAGUUAGGAGGCUCACUUCUACUCCAUUAAACUUUGUGGCUAUACAAAAAGAUGAUAAUGUGUCGACUACCUACACAUCGAUAUAUAGCUCUGAGCCAGACUCGCCUCUCCAAGGCUGA